UGCAAACUGACGCAAGUCCGCGGGCCCCCUUCAGCGCAUCUGUCACAGAAAUUGUCUGAACUGCAAGCGGCGGGUUUAGUGCACCGUGUUUUAAAGUCACUUUUAUUACGUCACGGCUUUUUUUUUAAGGGAUAGAGAAAUCAUAAACCUGUUUGGUAAAAGACAUGAAAUAUAUUGCUUCGAUUUUAUGGAUUAUUCUACCAUUUGUGGUUUUUGCUGAACCCAUGGAAAAUGGAUAUUAUCUGCAUGAAGCCAGCGAUGGAAACUCAUCAGUAAGAGAGGGUGGUGGUGAGAAUGAUAUCCACUGGCAGAUUAAGUACAACAUGAGGAAAUCCCUGGACAUCGAAGAUGAGGGCUGUUAUCUGCAACCUGGUAACAGGGGUAGUUUGCUGGAGUGUGGAUUCAACGCAACGGCAAAGACCAUCCUAGUCAUCCAUGGAUGGACAAUGAGUGGCAUGUAUGAGAAUUGGAUGCACCAGCUGCUGAGGGCUCUGAGGCUCCGGGAGAGCGAGGCCAACGUGGUGGUAGUGGACUGGCUCGCUUUUGCCCAGCAGGUCUACCCCGACGCUGUGAACCACACCGUGACAGUCGGCCAAAGCAUCGCAGCUCUUCUGGACUGGCUACAGGAUGAGCAGCAGUUACCGCUUGAGCAGGUGCACAUGAUUGGCUACAGCCUGGGUGCCCAUGUGGCCGGCUACGCUGGCUCGUUUGUGCAGGGAGUGGUUGGCCGCAUCACUGGUUUGGAUCCUGCGGGGCCUAUGUUCGAGGGGGUAGAUCCAGACCGCCGGCUGUCCCCUGACGAUGCGGACUUUGUGGAUGUCCUGCACACGUACACACGGGAGGCCCUGGGAGUGAGCAUUGGGAUCCAGCAGCCAAUUGGUGACAUAGACAUCUACCCCAAUGGUGGAGAAGUACAACCAGGUUGCAGGUUGCACGACGUGCUUGUGACGGCAGCAGCCGGAAACUUUGCAGACGUGAUGAAAUGCGAGCACGAGAGAGCCGUGCACCUCUUUGUGGACUCGCUGCUCAACAAAGAUCACCUGAGCUUCGCCUACCAGUGCACAGGACCUGACCGCUUUAAGAAGGGCAUCUGCCUGAGCUGCCGUAAGAACCGCUGCAACAACAUGGGCUACAAUGCUAGGAAGAUGCGUAAAAGGCGCAACAGCAAGAUGUACCUGAAGACCCGUGCUGACACACCCUUUGGAGGCUUUCAUUACCAGAUGAAGAUGCAUGUGUUUGACAGAAAACAGUCUGAAAUCGCUGAUCCCACAUUCUACGUGAAAUUGUACGGUGCCCACAAUGAUACCCAGGAUCUGACUGUUGAUGUGCCGGACAAAAUAGGGUUAAAUUUCACCAACACUUUCCUGGUAUUCACCGAGGAGGACAUUGGUGAUUUGCUGAAGAUCGAACUCUCUUGGGAGGGACCUACAGACUCCUUCAGCUCAAUGUUUAAGAGUAUGAGGAGCUCCUUCUGGUCUUGGUCCAGUUCUAAAACUGAAGUACUGCAGGUCCGGCGUAUCAGAGUGAAAGCUGGAGAAACACAGAAGAAGUUCACGUUCUGUGCCCAAGAUCCAUUAUCAAUAGACAUUUCUCCAGGGAGUUCCAUCACGUUUGUCAAGUGCCGUGACGGCUGGGAGGAAAAACCAAGGAAAAGAUUGUACUCUUAAAAAGAAAAAAAAGAAAAGGGGAAAAAAAAGAUUCUGCACAAGAGGUGAGAAGCUGUGACAGGGAGGCCACUGCAGGGACCCUUCGGACCAGCAGCAGUGUUUGCUUGGGCGGCGCAGUGGUGUGCUCUCUGCUAAUGGUCUAGGAGUGGUGGACCUUUUGAAGUUGAGCCUCAUGCCAGGCUCUUUUCCUACCUUAUUUAUUAAAGAAAAGCACUAAGACCAAGCGAAUUCAUUAACUGGAGGCACAACUGUAUCUGCACUGGGGUGAAUGUGUCCUUGGGUCUACGUCAAUGCACAUGACCUGCUUUGAGGAAGAAAUCAUCUGUAUUGAAAUGAACGGGGUUUAGAUUUCAUUUCAGUAUAUUGAGUUGUGCAUUUACACCAUGUGUAUAUAAUGUAAAUAAAUUGUUAACUUGUUUGUAA